CGGAAGACGUCGCAGAAACGUUUAGAAUAUGAAUCGAAUUCUGGAGAGUGAAUCCGUCAAGGAGCUGAACGAACUUCUCCUGGGCAAUCCAAAUGUGAAACUCCGGGACCGGAUCCUCCUGUCGCCUUAUACGAAAUUCCUGCUGCCUUCGCUGGUUAUAGCGUUUGUCCUUCCCGUCACCGUAUAUGCAAUAAUGGUGAGCGGAUACGUGGUGGAUUCUUCGUUCAGCGUAUCCACGUGCAACAUAAGAACGGAGUAUUACGUUGAUUGUCUGCCGGGAAAAUCGAGCCCGACGGAAUCGGAUUGCAUGGAAGUAUUGUGCUGCUGGAAUGACACCCUGGGCUUCUGUUACCAUUACGUACCCGCACAGCAUGGCUACACUCCCUCAGGCGGUGUUUACUAUCAGGGAGUGACCUUGGUCCCCAGGGAAACCAACAGCCCACUGGGAAGCGUGAACGCUGAAGAAGUCUUCGUGGACGUAAGUGCAGUCGACAGCAAUCACAUCGAGAUAACCUUAUCAACGAGCUCGCAGAGUUCGAGCAACGGUAGGAGACGCAGGAGAGUCGAACCGCCCCUUCAUCGGUGGGGAGGAAACGGGGAAGAGAUGAUUGGCGAGGAGGACGAACUCUCGCGAAAUUUGCUGAACUUUUUACCCAGAGAUCGGCGGCGAAGAACCGUCGAGAUCGAAUUGGACGGAUCUUCGAACCUCAACGCCUACGUCCAUUACCCCGAGUUCUCCAUUACCGUCGCCAGGGAUGAUUUUACCCUAGACGAAACCAGCUCCAUUUUCUCCACCGCCUUGGGCCCUCUUAUUCUGACAGAAAGCUACUGGGAAUGGACUCUCUACCUGAGCAAUGGCGCUCUUUACGGCCUUGAUGAUCUAGAAUUGAAUGGGACCACUAAUUCCAUUUAUAACAACCAAAAUGGAUCGAUUACUCCCACUUUUCUAGCCAUCAACCCCACGGGAGAAGCAGCUGCGUAUUACAUUGAUUACAAAGGACCGUUGGAAGUUCAGGUUUUGAACACAACAAAUCUGGUGAUCCUGCGUGGUCUGGCCCUCCCGGAGAGCUUGGGAGUCCACGUCUUCGCUGGACCGACGCCGUUGGAGGCAGUGCAGCAGCUAACUUCAAGCCUGUUCUCAAACUCUUCAUGGAGUAUGCCACCGUUGUACAACUACGGUCUUCACGUCUGUCCAACCGAGACGCUGAGCUCAGUUGUGGAUGCUGUUUCGAACCUGAACGAGACCAUCGAGGUGCUGGCAUCAGCUGGAGCCCCGUGGGAUACUCACUGCAUUCAUGAGCGGCUGGUACCAACCUUGAACAGUGUCCUAGCCUCGAGCGACCUGGACGCUAUCAGCGAGGCAACAAGUCUUUUGGAAGCCGAAGGACGCAGCUUCACUCCACACUUAAGUCCGAUGGUCCUGGCUGACGAGGGGGCACUUCAAUCAUCACUGGAGGACGCAGCUCUGCUCCUGACAAACGGGACCAUUAGUCACAUAGGUCAGUACCAGGACGUGAGUGUGGUGUAUCCAGACUGGACGAGCGAUGGAGCGGCGACCAUGAUGGCCAGCUACCUCGUGGACUACUUGAACAACACUGGAUCACCGGGAAGUCUGUGGCUGCGAGACGCCUGGCCGAAGGAUGAGACGAACACGAGCCUACGAACGGAAGCAGACUUCUCGUCCUUCGAUUACAUGCCGGAAGCGAUUGAGUAUUCCAUGAACAAUUUCACCGUACCAUUCGACCUUCAAACUGUUGCCGGUUUUUCACAUUAUGCUACUCACAACGGCUACUCCGAAGGCUUUCGUACCUUCGUCAAGUCAUCGAUACCAACUAUCGAGUUUCUCGGACCCCCGGGCGAGGCUGCAAACACCUCUUGGUCUGGCCUAAGGAGGGCUGUUCGAUCCGCCAUCGGAGCCGGGUUGGGGGGGCAUUUGCCACCCCCUGUGUACGUCUGUGGUACCGAAUCAUUUAAUACUACCCUUCACGACCAGUUGUGUAUAAGGUGGUAUCAGGCGGCCAUUGCGUGGCCCCACGUCCUCGUCCUCCCCGACAGAUUGCCAGGGGGUUCCUACCUCUCGGCCAGCGCUUCUCUGAACGUGAUCAAGGCACUCAGGCUCAGGGCUUCGUUGGCGACUUAUCAGCACACUAUGGUGUCCAGUCACUUUCAACGCAGUUCUCCAGUCCUUGUGCCAAUGUCGUUUUACUUUCCAGAGGACACGAGUACCACGCAUAAAUGGGACCAGUUCAUGUGGGGAGAGGCGUUACUUAUCGGACUGGUCACCCUACCGGGUGUCUCACAAGUCUCAAUGAGGUUACCAGGAGAUGUUUCUUGGAGGCAUUUGCUCGGUGGCGCUGAAGCCGCGUCGGUCACUAACAGUACCGUAUCCAUUACCGCAGCCAUGGGAGACCUGAUCAUCCUGGUUAGACCUGGAUACGUCGUCGCCAUCCACGAGAAUGUGGGCAACACGACGCUGGUUACCAUGGCGAGCAACCUCACCCUUGCGGUAAACUUGGAUUGUGUAAACGAAGAGUGUUCAGCCAGCGGUGAGAUUUGGUACGGAGUAGACGACGGCGAAUAUUUGAGUCUUGGGGUGAACAGCACUCACCUUGUGCUUGGAAAUGUCAACAGCGUUCAAAAUUAUGCCUGCAUUGCAGACGAUAAUUCAACAAUGAUACAGUCUACGUUUAUAGAAACUGUGCGGCUACUUGGAUACUCGUCUUACCAAGUUCAGACGGAAUUAUGCGACCUUCAGGACAAUGAGUUCUCAAUUAGCUUAGGGUAAUUAGCGCAUCAUCCUCUUAUUAGUGUAUGUAUCGCUCUGUAACUCUAUAACGCGUUUCUGUUAAUGAGCUGUCGCGUCGUCUGAUCCAUGACGUUCGUAAGUUUCGAAAUGUAUAUACAUAUACAUUGUCGUUGGAAAGUAAUUAUUUCAGGGGAUUUGUGAUGA